UGUCAAGCGAGAAAAACAUGUCGUUGUCGCUGUAAAUUUAAGCGCAUAUAUUUAUUUCGCAUUUGUGUAUUUUAAAAAUGGCAUUAGCUUCAAAUGUGUUGCGGACUUGUGGAAUAUUAUUUUAUAUAGUGAAUAGUGUGUGUGGUUUGGACAAUAUAUCAAAACAACCGUGGAUAUUAUCAUUUAAAGUGAGCGAAAAAUCAUGUGUGGAUUUUAAAUGUAAAUAUUUGCUAAAGGUGCACGGUGGUGAAUACCUCGGUCAUUCCUCGUGGAGAUUAACCCCUAAUGCGGGUGCUAGGGGUGUGGACUGUGAAAAUAUAUAUGCUAGUUACGAAUUACGAGAAAUAAAAACAGAACAAUCGCAGUCUGAAAUAGAAGUGUUUUUGCCUCAAAGUAAUGACAAAAUUUACUUUUGUUUGAUGCACACUGAUGGUACACAGGGUCCGUUUAGUGGAAAAUGGGUGCAUCAAGGUUCAGAACUAUUUCUGCAACCGUCGAAAGAUGAAGUACAAUCAAAGACUGGACAUUUUAAAGAACUUCCCGAAACCAACAACGAAUUACAAGCGCCUAAAGAUACCAAUGAACUACAAGAAACAAACAAAGAAUGGGCAGAUCUCUCCCACGAUACAGAUGUUAAUUAUAUUUCAAAUGUCGCGAAGCCCUCCAGAGCAGAAAGAAACGCAAUCGAAGUUUUAAUAGAUAAUAAAUAUGUACCUCUUAAUGAUACAGGAUACGAAAAUCUUAUAGAAAAAAAUUAUAUUAAUAACAAUGAUAUUUAUAAUGGUAAUGAUUAUAUUGAUAGAAGAAAAAGGGAGACGAAUAAAACUGUUUUAAAAGAAGAAAGUACUAAUGGUUUAGAUAAAGCUGUGAUACAUAAAAGUAAUGAUAGUGAUGCUAAAAUAGAUAUUGCAGUUAAUAAUAGCGAUAUAUACACAGAGAAAGAUGACAAUUCAGACAAUUUAGACAGUCUUUCAUUCAACAAGGAGGACUUCAAUGUUGAUGGCGCCAAAAUGAAAAGACAGCUCAUGUUCCAAGUAACCGAUUUCACAGGUGUUAAAUCUUCUGCAGCUAUAUUUCUGGAUGGUUUGAGGGUUGAAGAGGCUGAGAAGGAUCCUAAGAUAUUGGAGGACGGUAUACCUAGUGUUCUGGCUGAUACUAAAGUCACUUUAAGGCUGUUUGGCCAAGGUCUAAGCCAGAGGACGGUGAUCGCGUUCACACACGACGCGCUUGAGUACGGCCAACCCUGCAAGUUUCUGCUCAAGGGAGAGCAUAUGGCGGUACACGAAUCGGUAACAGCCACAUCAGCUCUAUUCCAAUUUCGUGCUCCCUCCCCCAUAAUUGGGUCUAAAAUGUACAUAUGCGCCAAGAAUCUCAAGGAAGGUGUCACUGAUCCGAGUGAAGAUGAAGAGAAGUAUAUACAUCAGGGUGUUGAGAAUUGGAAGAUAUUCGCGACACAUAAUAAGUUAAUGCCACUCUGGGUGGCCAUGAUACUCAUACUGGUGUGUUUGACGUUCUCUGCGCUGUUUUCGGGGUUGAAUUUGGGCCUAAUGUCUCUCGACCGUACAGAAUUAAAAAUCAUAUCCAACACUGGCACAGAGCAAGAGCGAAAAUACGCCAGAGCCAUAAUGCCCGUCAGAGACCACGGGAACUACCUACUCUGUAGCAUUUUGCUAGGAAACGUGGCUGUUAACUCGACUUUUACAAUACUCUUGGAUGAGUUGACUUCAGGAUUGUUUGCGGUGAUAUUCUCAACGCUUUCGAUAGUUUUGCUCGGCGAAAUAACUCCACAGGCGAUAUGUUCAAGGCACGGUUUGAUGAUUGGCGCCAGGAGUAUUAUGAUCACUAAGGCGGUGAUGGCCCUAACAGCUCCCCUUGCGUACCCCGUCAGCAAGCUCCUGGACUACUUCCUCGGGGAGGAGAUCGGGAGCGUGUAUAACAGAGAGCGGUUGAAGGAAUUGGUAAAGUUGACAACAGACGUGAACGAUCUCGACAAAGACGAGGUGAACAUAAUAUCCGGUGCUUUGGAACUGCGCAAGAAAACCGUGUCUAGUGUGAUGACGAAACUGGAGGACGUGUUCAUGUUGCCGAUCACGUCGAUACUGGACUUUGAGACGAUGUCGGAGAUUAUUAAGUCUGGCUACUCCCGUAUCCCAGUAUACGAGGGUCACCGCGGGAACAUAGUGACAGUCCUGUUCAUAAAGGACCUCGCGUUCGUGGACCCGGACGACAACACGCCGCUGCGCACGCUCUGCCAGUACUAUCAGAACCCGUGCAACUUUGUGUUCGAAGAUGUCACUUUGGAUGUCAUGUUCAAGCAGUUUAAGGAUGGUCACAAAGGGCACAUGGCGUUCGUGCACCGAAUAAACAGUGAGGGUGAAGGUGACCCGUUCUACGAGACGGUUGGCUUGGUGACGUUGGAGGACGUCAUCGAGGAGAUGAUACAGGCGGAGAUUGUGGAUGAGACCGAUGUGUUCCUGGACAACCGCACGAAGCGCAGACGCAACCGUCCGCAGCACAAACUGCAAGACUUCGCAGCAUUUGCUGAGAGACACGAGCACAGGCGCAUACACAUAUCGCCGCAGCUUACGCUGGCUACGUUCCAGUUUCUCAGCACUAGUGUAGACGCGUUCAAGCCGGACGUCGUCUCAGAGACAGUGUUACGACGUUUACUGAAACAAGAUGUCAUACAUCACAUUAAAGUGAAGGGGAAAACGAAGAAAGACGUCAAUACGUAUGUGUUUCAGCAGGGGAAGCCGGUGGACUACUUCGUGCUGAUCCUGGAAGGCCGAGUGGAGGUGACGGUGGGCCGCGAGAACCUCGUGUUCGAGGCGGGGCCGUUCACGUACUUCGGCGUGCAGGCGCUCACGCAGAACGUGGGGCUCGCGGAAUCCCCCACCCCCUCCGCGAUGGGCUCCCUCCAGAACAUAAAUAUGGACUCGAUGUUGCGUCACACGUUCGUGCCGGACUACUCGGUGCGGGCGGUCACUGAGAUGUUCUAUCUCACUGUUAAACGGAGUCUAUACUUGGCGGCCAAACGUGCUUCCCUCAUGGAAAAGGGCGCUCUAUCGAAGGGCGCAACCAAUGAACAGUUCGACACUGAAGUUGAUAAGCUAUUGGAAUCCGUGGAUGAAGAUAUAAGCAUCAGUGGUGAACACAAAACUCCAUCAAGACAGGUAUCACCGAACCCAUGUCCCACCGCCCGUUCGUCCUUACCACGAAGCUCGCCCGAACGGAACGGGGAUGUGUUCGCGAGGGCAGAUGAACAGGAGAAAUUGCUUAAACAUUAGUGGGGGAGGAUAUAAAAGAGAGGGGGGUGAGAG